GGAGACUUUACGACUGGAGCUGUGUGGAUCUGGUGUGAUUGUGUGGCCUAUUCUCUCUGACAGAGAGUGUGGGGGACACUGCAGCCAUGAAUCCAGAGAGAGAGGACAGACUGAAACUGACGGCCACAUCAUUAGGUUCCCAUCCUCCGAAUGCGUCCGAGAGGAGCGCCCCGCAGGACGAAGGGGUGGAGGGGCGAGUCAGCAGAAUGAAGAGGAUCUUUGGGUUUGAGCUGUCGGACUUCCGCAGCUGGCACCGAUUUGUUGGCCUUCUGAACCGCCCCACGGACCCCGCCUGUCUCGGCGUCUUCAGGUUUCUCUUCGGUUUUCUGAUGGCCCUGGAUAUCCCCCAGGAACGAGGCCUGAGCUCCCUGGAUUUCAGGUACUUUGACGGGCUGGUGGUCUGUCGCUUCCCAUUGUUCAACUUCCUGGAACCGUUCCCUUUGGAUUGGAUGUAUGUCGUCUUUGUGGUUAUGUGGCUGGGGGCCCUGGGCAUUAUGCUGGGCUGUUUCUACCGGCUGUCGUGCCUUAUGUUCCUCAUCCCCUACUGGUACAACUUCUUCCUCGAUAAGACGGCCUGGAACAACCACUCCUACCUGUACGGCCUCAUUGGCUUCCAGCUCACCUUGAUGGACGCCAACCGUUACUGGUCUAUCGAUGGAUUACGGAGACCAAGAAAGAGAAAUGCGCACGUCCCACUGUGGAACUACACUCUGCUGAGGACCCAGAUCUUCAUUGUGUAUUUCAUUGCUGGCAUAAAGAAGCUCGAUGCUGAUUGGGUGGAGGGCUACUCGAUGAACCAUCUCGCCCGCCAUUGGCUGUUCGCUCCCUUUAAGUUGGUGCUGUCCGAGGAGCUGGUCAAUGUCCUGGUUGUACACGGAGGAGGCUUGGUUCUGGACCUGACCGCUGGCUACCUUCUCUUCUUUGACCUCACCCGCCCGUACGCCAUGGCGUUCGUCACCUACUUCCACUGCAUGAACUCCCAGCUCUUCAGCAUAGGAAUGUUCUCCUACACGAUGUUGGCGACAUCCCUGCUGUUCUGCUAUCCAGACUGGCCCAGGGUGCUGGUCCGGAAGUUCCCAGCAUUCCUGAGGCCCUUGCUGCCUCUGACGGAGCAGCCGCAACGGAGCGACUCGUGCGUCUACCCGGCGGGUGGCCGGAAGCGGGAAGCCGUCGCCAAGGGAACGGGCCUAACGCUGCGGCAACGGCUCGGGGCGGUUUUCACCCUCAUCUACGUGGCUGAGCAGUUCUUCCUACCCUAUUCGCACUUCAUCACACAGGGAUACAACAAUUGGACCAACGGAUUGUACGGGUAUUCCUGGGAUAUGAUGGUUCACAGCCGGACACACCAGCACGUCAAGAUAACUUACAAGGACGGCGUCACCGGACAGAUCGGUUACCUCAACCCCGGUGUGUGGACCCAGAGUCGCCGCUGGAAGGACCAUGCGGAUAUGCUGAAGCAGUACUCCACCUGCCUUGCCACCCAGCUGCUGGGAUACAACAUCUCGGAGCCGGAGAUCUACUUUGACGUCUGGGUGUCGAUAAACGAGCGGUUUCAGCAACGGCUCUUUGACCCCCGCGUUGACAUCGUAACAGCCGAGUGGUCUCCCUUCAAAAAGACGUCCUGGCUGAUGCCCCUCCUGGUUGAUCUGUCUCCCUGGAGAACCAAGUUUGACGAAAUUGAGAAAACGCUGGACAACCAGACCGACGUGGUUUUCAUUGCAGACUUUCCAGGGCUUCACCUGGAGAACUUUGUCAGUGAGGAUCUUGGCAACACCAGCGUCCAGGUGCUGAAGGGAGAGCUGGUGGUGGAGCUGGUGUCUGAGAAGCACAACUACACCCUGAAGCAGGGGGAGAAGAUGCAGUUACCAGCUGGUGACUACCACUAUGUGUACACGAUAUCGGAGGAGCCCUCCUGUUACAUGUACAUCUACGUGAACACCACCAUGGUGCGUUUGGAGGAAAAUUACACCCGUUUUGUGGAGCUACAGGAGAAGGUCAAGAAUGGAACAGAGACGGAGGAGAUUUCGCCUGAGCUGCAGACGGUGCUGAAUGGGAGCUCGGAGGACGUCAAUAUCACGGAUCCCGCGUUGGCCGCUUUCGUGCGCCGACAGCGCCGGCAGGAGGCGUACGAGCGGAGGAAGAACGCGACGCUGGCUGAGAGGUUUGUCAGGUUCGCCCAGAAGAAACACCAAACUUUCCGAAGGAGUAUUCUCAUGACCGGCUACGCGAUACGGAACCUCCUGUUCGGACGACCCCCCAUGGAGCAACUAGUGGAGGAGCUGGAGUUUGCAAACAUGAAAGUUUAUGAAAACACAGACGCUGAAGCUCAGAGGAAGGCCUGGCCUAAGGUGGAAGACCACGCUGAACUAUGAUAAUCUCACAUCCACAUCGCCAGUUCAAAUCCCAAGCUUCCUGAAGUCAGUACGUCCACGCCCCGAAGAAACACUGAACUAUUUUUUUAUAAGCAAUAAAUGGAACUUUUAAUUUG